UCGAUGAAGCCGCCGUAUUCAAACUUCCGCCGUGGUGUGUGCUCUGCUCUGUUUUCUUUGUACACAUCGGGACAGUUUUCAUACAUCUGUACUUUUUUUUUUUGUUCGCUUCGCCAUAAAUACGUCUCGAUACAACUGAUCUCGACACGAAGCCUCCUGCAAAAUGGAAGAAAAUGAAGAAGUGAGAGCAGGAAGGACGGGGGGGAAGAAAAAACAGAAACUUCGCAGGACGUCAUCGAGAUCGUCCACCACCAGCGUCAUUAGCGCCGCCGAGCCGUCCCCUCAUACACUCCAGAGAAACAACUCAAAGAAACCUCCUCUGCAGAGAGGCAGCUCCUUCACCUUUCUCACUCCUGGCACUCCGUGGGACUUCAGCCUAAAGAGAAAGCGCAAAGAGAAGGAGGAUGACACAGUCAGUCUGUCCAGCUUCGACCUCAAGGAACCCAGUAACAAGCGUGUCCGACCUCUGGCUAAAGUGUCAUCCCUCGUCAACUUGAUAUCUCCUUCAAAGAAUGGAGCAGUGCGGCGCUUUGGUCAGACCAUUCAGUCAAUGUCAUUGCGUGGUGACAGCAAGUCACCAGGGAUGUCCCUCAGAGCUGGCAGCAAGGCGGCAGGUCCCACUCCCACUAAACGCAGAAACAGCACGCUGUGGUCGGAGACACUGGAUGUCCAUCAGAAGAACACAUUCUCCAUCAAAGAGAUCAAGAGACAAGAGGCAAUUCAUGAGCUUUACAGGGGAGAGCAGGAUCUCAUAGAGGAUCUCCAACUUGCACGGAAGGCAUACCAUGAUCCAAUGCUGAAACUCUCCAUCAUGACAGAGGAGGAACUGGCUCACAUAUUCGGGGACCUGGAUGCAUACAUCCCCUUACAUGAGGAUUUACUGAUGAAACUGACGGAGGGAACUGGCCCCGAUGGAACAGUAGCUCAUAUUGGACAGAUAGUUAUUGACUGGCUGCCUGGUCUGAACGCUUACAAAGGCUAUUGUAGCAAUCAGCUCGCGGCCAAAGCCCUGCUGGACCAGAAAAAGCAGGACAGACGGGUCCAGGACUUCCUGCAGCGCUGCCUGGAGUCGCCCUUCAGCAGGAAGCUGGAUCUUUGGAGCUUCCUAGACAUCCCACGGUCACGCCUGGUGAAAUACCCACUGCUGCUGCGAGAGAUCCUCAAACACACUGCUCCUGAUCACUCAGACGUACCCAGUCUGGAGAGAGCUAUUACAAUAAUCCAGGAGAUUCUGUCUGAGAUCAAUGUGAGAAAAGGGGAGUCUGAGUGUCAGUAUUAUAUCGACAAACUGGAGUAUCUGGAUGAUAAACAGCGGGACCCUCUCAUCGAUGACUGUAAGAUCCUACUAUGUCACGGCGAGCUGCGGAACAAAAGUGGCUCGAGGCUGCAUGUGUUCCUCUUCUCUGAGCUGUUGGUUCUGACCCGACCAGUGACCCGGAACGACAGGAGCUGCUUCCAGGUCUAUCGACAACCCAUCCCAGUUCGGGAUUUGGCUCUCGAGGACCUGCAUGAUGGAGAGAGCCGCAUGGGGGGCUCCUUCAGGGGGGCUUUCAACAAUGGAGAGAAAGCUAAGAACGUUUUUCGCGUGAGCUCUCUGGAUCCCUCCCACGGCCAGUCCCACACCCUGCAUGUCAACGAUGUCUACCACAAGCAGCAGUGGCUCAACUGUCUCCGCACUGCAAUGGGCCCCCAACAACAGGGGGCUCCUCCCAGAGUUAAGCAGGGACACGCCGUCAGAGUCAAGCGUCGCUCCUCCACUAUCUCAGUCACCAUUUCUGACGAGGAGACAGACGAGAAUUGCCCGCCGGUCUUUGGCCCUAAACUCAGGCCCCAGACGCUCUCCAAAACCAGAUUGGACCAGAAGUUACAAGGCUCACUAAAGAGGAAGGAGACUGGAGUGUAGACAUUUAACCCGGCAGCAGAUCCAGUUUUGUCUUGUGUCUGUCAGUGAAUUUUCAGCAACCACUAUUUUUAUGCUUUUACUUUACCAUUCUAGCUGCACUGAAAAUGUCUUUCCAAUCAUUUCCGUCCAAACUGUAUUGUCAAAUAUUUGUCUUUACAAAGUGUAAUUAGUUUACCAAAAAAAAUGUGUCAGUGUUACUGAAAUGUGUGUUUAUAUCAGUUAAUUGUGUGUAGAAUCAUGGUGUUAUGUAUACUUUCAUUUAAAUAGCUGUUUUACCACUUCAAAUUUACUUUCAACGUUCCUUCCAGUGUCAACACUGAACCUCGUUCUCUUUUUCGCUGCAGUCAAUUUGUCUAUAUUAUAGAUGUAUGCAGUUGUAAGUGCUAUUGUGCUAAGAUAAGGGAUCAAGGAACUAAGCCACUGUGAUCUGUGCAGGAAGCCUUUGGUGGAGAGAAGUUUAGAUUUCUGAGAAAAACAUUAAUAAGGGCUAUAUUCAGAGAAAAGUUGUUAAAUGGAAAAAGAAAAAACAUAUUUGUACUUUAAAAGAUUCCGGAGUAUGAUAGACAGAGAUAUUCAGUGUUCCAAAAUGCAUACAUAUCAGCUGCCCUUAGAAAAAACUUGCUGUUGCAACUGCAACAUACUGUUUUUAUCACAACAUUGCAGCUUGGUAUUUGUCACAUACUGCAUUUGACGUAAUAUGUAUUGGCUUGAUCUUUUUCUGGCAUAUAAACAGUAGUAUGGGUAUUGGAACUCAAAAACAUCCUCUCAGUUGUACUUGGACCCCUCAGUCACUUUGUUUAUACUGUUGACGGAGUUGAUCAACACUUUGUUGCAACAUUUGUCAAAUAAACAGCAGCUGAGAAAAACUCUUGUUUUGUGCUCUU